AAACUUUCACACACCAUUCAUAUCCAAACACACACACAGACACGUCUAGCCAACACUAAGAGUCUUGAGUCCAAGUGUGGAAUACAAGUCUAUCCUCCCGUACACUUCACUUACGACUUGAUCGGGGCUCUAUUCAUGCACCUUCUUUGAUUUUAGGACAAACUCUAAAGACUAGUUCAACAAGAGUUUCAGCUGCAUGAAAGUGAUGAUGACCUCCACCUUCAGUAGCUUGUUUUCUUUCAAGAGACGCAAUGGCUGGAAGCAGGGGGAUGAGGAAUCUGACUGGGCCAAAAAAGCCGUGGACUCCCUGAUGAAGAAGUUAAAGAAGAAAAAGGGCGUCCUGGAAGACCUGACCAGGGCCAUACAAGACAAAGACCCUAAUUCCAAAUGCGUCACCAUCCAACGGUCAUCUGAUGGUAGGCUGCAGGUGUCGCACAAAAAGGGGCUGCCACAUGUGAUCUACUGCAGAGUGUGGCGGUGGCCUGACCUUCAGUCGCACCACGAGCUAAAGUCUGUCGAGACUUGUCGCUACCCUUUCAGCUCUAAGCAAAGUGAGAUCUGUAUCAACCCUUACCACUAUCGCCGCAUAGAAACGCCGGUGCUCCCUCCUGUGUUGGUCCCGAGAUAUGACGAGUUCACCGAGGCGCUGCCUCCGUACCAGCCUCUUCCAGAGCCAGCGAUGCCUCAGAACAUUUCCUUUGAGCAGCAGCAUUCUCCUUUGCAGGCACCUUAUAGCCCUUACAGCUCCUGCAGCCUUUCAUCCGGAACUCCUUCGCCGCCCUAUCCCACCAGCAACGACCACGUGACACCAAUGUUCAUGGACACAACAGACCACCUCAACACCCCGACAGCGACCCCGUUUUCCACCCCCUCAGCGACGCCACCGCUUCAGACAGUGUGUUACAAAGAGCUGGACUCGUGGUGCCACAUUUCGUACUAUGAGCUCAACAGCCGAGUAGGGGAACAGUACAGAGCUUCAGCCAACAGCGUUAUUGUUGACGGAUUUACCGACCCUUCAAAUUCUGGUCGAUUCUGUCUCGGCCUCUUAUCCAACGUCAAUAGGAACUCCACCAUAGAGAAUACUAGGCGACACAUAGGCAGGGGAGUCCAUCUAUAUUAUGUUGGCGGCGAGGUCUACGCAGAGUGCCUUAGUGACAGUUCCAUCUUUGUCCAGAGCCGCAAUUCUAACUAUGCCUAUGGUUUCCACCCAACGACUGUAUGCAAGAUUCCACCAGGGUGUUCCUUAAAGAUCUUCGACAACAGAGAUUUCUCCACGCUAUUGUACCAAUCUGUUCACCUGGGAUAUGAGGCAGUGUAUGAACUGCAUAAAAUGUGUAUAAUACGCAUGUCUUUUGUGAAGGGGUGGGGCGCCGAGUACCACAGACAGGAUGUGACUUCCACCCCUUGCUGGAUAGAGAUUCACAUCAACAGCCCACUCCAGUGGCUCGAUGAGGUCCUAAACAAAAUGGGCUCCAGCAAGAAUCCUAUUUCUUCUGUCUCGUAAACAGCCGAACCUAAUAUCCUGUUGAUACAAAUUUUUACUUGUUAUUGUUUAAUGACACUGCAUUCGUGUGUCUACAAAAAUGCCAAAACAAUUUCAUUAUAUAUGGUCGCUGGUCAUGUCACAUGCCUAUCGAGAGUGAAAUUUUUGACAGCUGUUAUAACAAUUUGGCCUUCUGAAAAGCGCAACUGGCAUAUGGUGCACUGAUUGUAUUGCCACCUUGGCUCACUUGAUACAUGUACCUAGUCUUCAAAAGUGAUAUUUUUAAAGUCCUGCUAAAUUGAUUUUUAAUAUGUUUUUAUAAAAAUUUCACUUUUAUUUUAAUGUAUUUUAUUUGUAAUAUAAAAAUGUUUGACACUUUCAUUAAAUGCUAAUUGUUAGCUGGUUUUUCUAAAUGACAUAAUAAAAUGUUAUGUAUAUACAUUUAUGACUACGAUCUGAAGAAAUGUGUUAAAAUAUAAAUGUUUACAAUUAAACAAAUUUAUAUGGAGAAAUAAACUUCAGUUUUUUAAAUGUUGCUAAAGUUGAUAUGUAAGAGCAAUACAUUUUUUUUUUCAAU